GCAAAACUGUGUUAAAUACAGUUGCAGUUUGGCCAACUGAAGGAGCACCCUCUUAGCCAUCUCCCAGGACAUCCAGCAGGAGUUUGUCACAUACUGAAUUGCAACCUAGAUGAGACAUGGAGCAGUAUACAGCAAACAGCAAUAGUUCUACAGAACAGAUAGUUGUGCAGGCUGGACAGAUUCAGCAACAGCAGCAGGGUGGUGUCACUGCUGUCCAGUUGCAGACAGAGGCCCAGGUGGCAUCCGCCUCAGGCCAGCAAGUCCAGACACUCCAGGUAGUCCAGGGCCAGCCUUUGAUGGUACAAGUGAGUGGAGGUCAACUAAUCACCUCAGCUGGCCAGCCCAUUAUGGUUCAGGCUGUUCCUGGUGGCCAAGGUCAGACUAUCAUGCAAGUACCUGUGUCUGGAACACAAGGGUUACAGCAGAUCCAGUUGGUACAACCAGGACAGAUUCAGAUUCAAGGGGGUCAGGCUGUGCAGGUGCAGGGUCAGCAAGGCCAGACCCAGCAAAUCAUCAUUCAACAGCCCCAGACAGCUGUCACUGCUGGCCAGACCCAGACUCAGCAGCAGAUAGCUGUCCAGGGUCAGCAGGUGGCACAGACAGCAGAAGGUCAGACCAUUGUCUAUCAACCAGUUAAUGCAGAUGGCACUAUUCUCCAGCAAGUUACAGUUCCUGUUUCUGGCAUGAUUACCAUCCCAGCAGCCAGUUUAGCAGGAGCACAGAUUGUCCAGACAGGAGCAAAUACAAAUACAACUAGCAGUGGACAAGGGACUGUUACUGUGACACUACCAGUUGCUGGGAAUGUGGUCAAUUCAGGAGGAAUGGUCAUGAUGGUACCAGGGGCAGGUUCUGUGCCUGCUAUCCAGAGGAUCCCCUUGCCUGGAGCAGAAAUGCUUGAAGAGGAGCCCCUCUAUGUAAAUGCUAAGCAGUAUCACCGCAUUCUUAAGAGGAGACAAGCUCGAGCCAAACUAGAGGCAGAAGGGAAAAUCCCCAAGGAAAGAAGGAAAUACUUACAUGAGUCUAGGCAUCGUCAUGCCAUGGCAAGGAAGCGUGGAGAAGGUGGUCGAUUUUUCUCUCCAAAGGAAAAGGAUAGUCCCCACAUGCAGGAUCCAAAUCAAGCAGAUGAAGAAGCAAUGGCACAAAUGAUUCGAGUAUCCUAACCAAAAGCAGAGAGAGUGAGCUGAUCCAGGUUCCUCUCCACUGUGUCCCAUUAUCCCAGGAAUUGAGCAGGCCUUCCAGUGGGACACUCAUGAUCACGUUCUGCCCUUUUCUACAAAACAGAAACCACUUAAUUUUUAAUGAGUGGUUUGAUCUCAUAAUUGCAGUGAUCUCUGGCAAAUUGAAAUUCCAAGGACUCUGUCCCACCCCUCUCAGUCAGGACUUGAGACUAUUGAUGACAUUACUAUUUCAUGUAUUUGGAUGGUACAAGAGACAAAAAGCCAAUCUGACAGUACCAUAAGUGGCACUUAAUUUGGCUGGUGAAGCAGGACCAUCCCAGGGGAGAAAUACUGCUCGAUCAUUAGCAAGACUACAAUCCGGGAAACCACAGCCCACUUCUUCCCACUUGGAGUUUGGUUGGUCUCAUCCAUCCAUGAAGUUGGAGAUUUUAUGUGUGACCAACAGAAUGAACAUGUUGCAUGCAGAGAUGACUUUCAGGCAGAAGAGAUUUCCAUCCUGUGAUGUAUAAAGAACAUUGUUCCCUAUGAAUAAGGUUCAAUCAACCCAUGAUUAUAGCAGGAACCUCAAUCUACCUGUUAGGCUUAAUGCCACCAGAAAAAAUGCACCUCUGGAGUAAAAGAAUCAAAGGCUUAACUGGCAUUUUAAAAUGCUUCUCUUCUCAGCUUAGGUGGUCUUACCUGCCUUUCCACUGAAAAUGGAACUGAUUAUAGAGAGAGCACCUGGAUUACAAAUUUUCUCAUAUUUUCCCCCCAUAAGGUUCAUGGGUGGCCAGUCCUAGAAGUUGCCAUCCCUGGAACAGAAAACAAAGGAAUUUAAAUUCUUUUUGUGUUCAAAUGCUGAGAACAUUUUCAGUCAGGGAAGUGUCAAGAGAGCAAAACUGUAGGUUGCUGAUCACAGACUUUCUAUAAAACUGUCCUCCUUUGACAGCACUUCAGGAAUAGAAGGGAGAAUGCAAUGAUUUGUUAUUUUGAAUAAUA